GAUUGAGGCGGCUCUAAUUGCUCUGCAACCAUGGGGAAAGGAGGCGGCUGUGUGCCCAGUAAAAAGAAAACGUUAUUGGCCACUUCCGAUGAUCCUCCAAAGACUGCUGCGGAUGCUCCGGCAGCCAUCGACGAUAAGGCUCCCAAUAGUGAUGCUACUUCUACUCGUGAAAUCACGGUUACGGAACCACUUGCUAAGCUGAAGAUAUAUAUUGUUUACUACUCUAUGUACGGUCAUGUUGAAGGGUUGGCGAAGAGGAUGAAGAAGGGAAUUGAUGAGAUCGAGGGGGUCGAUGGGUUAUUGUAUCGAGUUCCCGAGACUUUGUCAGAUGAGAUCCUUGAGAAGAUGAAGGCUCCUUCCAAAGAUGAUUCGAUCCCUUUGAUAUCGGCGGCGGAAUUGGCAUCGGCUGAUGGGGUGCUGUUUGGGUUUCCGACGAGGUAUGGAUGUAUGGCUGCCCAGAUGAAGUCUUUCUUUGACUCUACUGGACAGUUGUGGAAGGAACAGAAGCUUGCUGGGAAGCCGGCUGGGUUCUUUGUCAGCACUGGUACUCAAGGUGGAGGCCAAGAAACCACUGCGUGGACAGCAAUCACCCAGUUAGCACAUCAUGGAAUGCUAUUUGUUCCCAUUGGAUACACCUUCGGAGCCAGUAUGUUCACGAUGGACUCCAUUAGGGGUGGUUCUCCUUAUGGUGCUGGAGUUUAUGCUGGUGAUGGCACAAGGGAGCCUACUGAGACGGAGCUUGCACUUGCAGAGCAUCAGGGAAAGUACAUGGCUGCGGUUGUCAAGAGGCUUGCCCAUGUUUGAUAACAUGCUUGGUCAGCCCCUCGUCUAUGCCACCUACUAUUUAGUGGCUCGUCCCUUGUUUAUUCAAAAAAUUCUUUUCAGAUUGUGAUUGGCUGUAGCAUUUAACGUGUUGGAAGGGUUAUUGUGAUCAAAAUGCCCUUGUUUAGCUACAAUAUCCCGUUCUUUCCAUUUUUGGCCAGUUCUGCCACCAUUGUUUGUUCAGAAAGUUGUAUAUGGUCUCAACAUAUCUUAUUUGUGUUUCAUCAUAGUAAUAAUGAAGUUGUGGGUUGUCUUCUUUUGUA